AUGGCCCUUCAGAUCCAGAGGCUCCCAUCCAAGGAGUUAAUAACAUUUAAAGAUGUGGUUGUGGACUUCACAAAGGAAGAGUGGUGUCUGCUGGAUUGCUCUCAGAAAGAGCUAUGCAAGGAGGUCAUGCUGGAGAAUGUGCAGAAUCUACUCUCUGUGGGACUUACACUUCCCAGAGAAUAUUUUAUCACCUGUUUACAGCAAGGAGAAUCACCAUGGCUGCCAGAGAAAAAAUGUCAAUGGAGCUUCUGUCUAGAAGAAGAGACUAAUUUUGAAGAGAAGGAGAUUUCUUACAACCUGACUCUUUUUGUGGAAGAAUCUGGCCUACAAAGAUGCAUGAAUGACGGCCCUUGUGACUUUGUUUUGAGAGACAUCUCUAACUUUGAUAUUAAGGUAAAUCAAAAUCCAAUGAUUAAUUUUGAAUUUGAAGAAACAGCAGAGAACUUCAGAAAAUGCUCAGGUCUAAUUCAGAAUAGGAAAUUGACCUUAGUAAAUGAAUAUGCUCAGGAUAGAGAAGACAGCACAAGCUUUCCUACAGAAGUAGAAUUUAUUCCAUUCCAAAAGAAACCUCCUCAAAUGCUCAUGCAUCAAGGUAACAUAGGAGGAAUUGCCUUAGCCAGGAGAUUAGACCUCAUCAGUCAUCCUAAAAGUAAAGGUAUAGAGAUGCUUUCUUUGAAUAAUAUAGUUGGGAGAAAUUUCAGCAAAAUCUCUGAGCUUGGUUCUCAUCGAAUAAUCCAUGCUGGAGAGAAAAUUUAUGAUUGUAAACCAUGUGGUAAGGCUUACACUCAGAGGGGUAAUCUUGCCACGCGUCAGAGAAUGAACACUGGAGAGAAACUCUUUGAAUGUAAUGAGUGUGGAAAGUGUUUCCCUAGGAGGUAUAAUCUUGCCACACAUCAGAGAAUCCACACUGGAGAGAAACCAGUUGAACAUAAACAGUGUGGAAAGGCUGUCAUUCACAGGGGUAAUCUUUCCAUACAUCAGAGAUUCCACACUGGAAAGAAACCUUUUGAAUGUAAAAAAUGUGGAAAUUCUUUCACUCAGAAGGUUGAUCUGGCCAGACAUCAGAGAAGCCACACUGGAGAGAAACCUUAUGAAUGUAAACAUGGUAAUCUUGCCACACAUCAGAGAAUCCACACUGGAGAGAAACCAGUUGAAAGUAAACAGUGUCGAAAGGCUGUCAUUCACAGGGGUAAUCUUUCCAUACAUCAUAGAUUCCACACUGGAAAGAAACCUUUUGAAUGUAAAAAAUGUGGAAAUUCUUUCACUCAGAAGGUUGAUCUGGCCAGACAUCAGAGAAUGCACACUGGAGAGAAACCUUAUGAACGUAAACAGGAUAAUCUUGCUACACAUCAGAGAAUCCACACUGGAGAGAAACCAGUUGAACGUAAACAGUGUGUAAAGGCUUUCACUCACAGGGGUAAUCUUUACAUACAUCAGAGAUUCAACACUGUAAAGAAACCUUUUGAAUUGGAGGAAGGCACAGGAAGUGAUGCAAAAGAAAGUGUCUUCAAAAUGGAGUUGCAACUUCCUGGGACAAUUCUGGAUUCUUCUGGACUUCUGAGCUCGAGUUCAAGUUGGUGGCUGGAGAAGAAUCUGCUGACUGGACCUGAGUCCUUUCCUGGUGAUAUUGUCCAUGAAUCUCUCACUUUGGAUUGA